AUGCAGAUAAAUAGCUUGAAUAUGGAAAAGAACAGCAGUGGGGAUCACAGGUGGGCCCAACUUACUACAGGGACCUGGAGGUCUGCACCAGUUCCAGUGACCACUCAGAACCCACCUGGCGCACCACCCAAUCUACUCUGGCAGACCCCAUUGACUUGGCAGAACCCUUCAGGCUGGCAGAACCAGACAGCCAGGCAGACCCCACCAGCACAUCAAAGCCACUCACUUAGGCAGACCCCACCAGUUUGGCAAAAUCCAGUUGCUUGGCAGAACCCAGUGAUGUGGCCAAACCCAAUAAUCUGGCAGAACCCAGUGAUCUGGCCGAACCCCAUUGUCUGGUCUGGCCCUGUUGUCUGGCUGAACCCAAUGACCUGGCAGAAUCCACAUGGAUGGCAGACCCCACCGGGCUGGCAGGGCCCUCCAGACUGGCAAGGCCCUCCUGAUUGGCUGCUGCCGCCCAACUGGACACUGCCACCUUACUGGCCGCUUCCCACUGACUGGCCACUCCCACCUGACUGGAUCCCUACUGACUGGCCAGUUCCACCUGACUGGCAGAACCUACGACCUUCACCAAACCUGCGCCCCUCCCCCAACUUGCGUGCCUUACAGAACCUGGGUGUCUCACAGCCCUGAGAUGUGGCCUUUCUUCAGGAAAGAGCAAAUAAGCUGGUCAAGUACCUGAUGUUUAAAGACUACACGAAGGUGCCCAUCAAGCGCUCAGAAAUGCUGAGGGAUAUCAUCCAUGAAUACACUGAUGUUUAUCCAGAAAUCAUUGAACGUGCAUGCUUGGUUCUGGAGAAGAAAUUUGGGAUCCAGCUGAAGGAAAUUGACAAAGAAGAACACCUAUAUAUUCUCAUCAGUACCCCGGAGUCCCUGGCUGGCAUACUGGGAACGGCUAAAGACACACCCAGAUUGGGUCUCCUUUUAGUGAUUCUGGGUGUCAUCUUCAUGAAUGGCACCCGUGCCAGUGAGGCUGUCCUCUGGGAGGCACUACGCAAGAUGGGACUGCGCUCUGGGGUGAGACAUCCCCUCCUUGGAGAUCUGAGGAAGCUUCUCACUUAUGAGUUUGUAAAGCAGAAGUACCUGGACUACAGACGAGUGCCCAACAGCAACCCUCCUGAGUACGAAUUCCUCUGGGGCCUCCAUUCCUACCAUGAAACUAGCAAGAUGAAAGUGCUGAGGUUCACUGCGGAGGUUCAGAAGAGAGACCCUCGCGACUGGACUGCACAGUUCAUGGAGGCUGCAGAUGAGGCCUUGGAUGCUCUGGAUGCUGCUGCAGCUGAGGCUGAGGCCUGGGCUGAGGCCAGAACCCGCAUGGGGAUUGGAGAUGAGGCCACGUCUGGGCCCUGGAGCUGGGAUGACAUUGAAUUUGAGCUGCUGACCUGGGAUGAGGAAGGAGAUUUUGAAGAUCCCUGGUCCAGAAUCCCAUUUACCUUCUGGGCCAGAUACCACCAGAAUGCCCACUCUAGAUUUCCCCAGACCUUCGCUGGCCCCAUUAUUGGCCCUAGUAGUGCAGCCAGUGCCAACUUCGCUGCCAACUUUGGUGCCAUUGGUUUCUUCUGGGUUGAGUGAGAUGUGGAUAUUGCUAAUCAGGUGCAAUGGUCUUUCCCCUGAGUGAGGCUGAAGCCUCAGAUUCCUUCUAAACACAGCUGUUUAGAGAGCCAUACUUUGUUGACUGAAAGUGGCAU